CAUCAGUUAAGCUCGCUUUUGUUCUGCUCGUUGCUUUAAGAGCAAUACCGAGUUUUAAACUAAGAAUUGUUUGAUGAAAUCUUUAGCAUCGUUAGUUAGCGUCGUGUAGCUAGGCGGCUAAAGUACCGGGUAACAGCGGGUUGAGUGUUUUUGAGUUGAAUAGCCGAACAGAGCGGUGAGAUGUGUGAGAGAUCCACAUACACAGCUCCACUUUAAAUUCAUCUCAUUACACACCAGGUUUGUUAUUAGUACCGCACCUCGUUCUUUUAGCAUUACCACGACUGGAGGUGAGCAUGGGGGCGUACCUGUCUCAGCCCAACACGGACAAAAGCGCUGCGAAUGGAGGGAAUCACAAAGUGAGCUAUGGACUGGCGGCCAUGCAGGGCUGGCGUGUCUCUAUGGAGGACGCCCACAAUUGCAUUCCAGAGCUGGAUGAGGAGACAGCAAUGUUUGCUGUUUAUGAUGGACAUGGUGGUGAAGAAGUUGCUUUGUACUGCUCCAAAUAUUUACCGGACGUCAUAAAAGAACAGAAAGCAUAUAAGGAAGGCAAACUGCAAAAGGCCCUGGAAGAUGCCUUCCUUGCAAUAGACAGUCGUAUCACUACAGAGGAGGUUAUCAAGGAACUUGUCCAGAUAGCUGGUCGCCCACUAGAGGAGCACACAUCAGAAAAAGUAGCGGAUGAAGAUGACGUGGAUAAUGAGGAAGCAGCCCUUCUGCAUGAAGAGGCUACCAUGACAAUCGAGGAGCUGCUUGUCCGCUAUGGGCAGAAUCUAAGUAAAAUGAACAAAAAGCCAGCCCAGGAAGCCUCCAAAGAGCCAGAUGACAGUAAGAAUCCUGAACAAGAGAAGGGCAUUAAUGGUGAGAUAGAAUGUACAGCAUCUAAAACAGACAGCAAUGGAAAAGAAAAGGCAGCGGAGACUGAAAAGGCAGCUGAAUUUUCCAAAAUAAGGGCAUGCAGAAAAGCCACAGCCUCCAGCGGUGGAAGCUCUGGGUGUGGAGGCUCCUCUAAAGGGGAGGAAGCAGGAGCAACGGGAGAUGCUGGGCCAUCCUGUUCCUCCUCAGCAGCUCCUGCGCCAGGAAGUACCAAGUCCAAGUUUUUUGAUGAUAGUGAGGAGUCAGAGGAUGGAGAGGAGGAAGAGGAGGGCAGUGAUGAAGAGGAUGGCAGUGAGGAGGAAGGUGAGGAAAGUAGUGAAAAUGAAGAGGAGGACACUGAGGAGGAGGAGGAAGAGGACACAGACGAAGAAGAGGAGGAAAUGUGCUUGCCAGGGAUGGAUGGGAAAGAGGAGCCUGGGUCAGACAGUGGGACAACAGCUGUUGUGGCAUUGAUUCGAGGAAAGCAGCUCAUAGUAGCGAAUGCUGGAGAUUCACGCUGUGUGGUCUCAGAGAAGGGCAAAGCUGUGGACAUGUCCUAUGAUCACAAACCAGAAGAUGAAUUGGAGCUUAACAGAAUAAAGAAUGCAGGGGGCAAAGUGACCAUGGAUGGCCGUGUUAAUGGUGGUCUGAACCUGUCCAGAGCCAUUGGGGACCACUUUUACAAGAGGAACAAGAAUCUCCCACCUGAGGAGCAGAUGAUUUCCGCUUUACCAGACGUCAAAGUGCUGACACUUAAUGAAGACCAUGACUUUAUGGUGGUUGCGUGUGAUGGAAUUUGGAAUGUAAUGAGCAGUCAGGAAGUGGUGGACUUUGUAAACGAGAGACUAAAAGCUAAAGGAAGUGAUUCCAAACCACUGUCUGCCAUUGUUGCAGAGCUGCUUGACCACUGCUUGGCACCUGACACAUCUGGAGAUGGUACAGGUUGUGACAACAUGACCUGCAUGAUUGUCACUUUCAGCCCGCACGCCGGCACCAACGUGGCCGAGAACGCCAAAAAACGCAAGCCAGAUGAGGAGGUUUCUGAGAAGAAUGGGAACGACAGCAAAAAACCCAAAACAGAAUAGAGGUGCUGUCAUUGGACGUUGCACUCUUUUAACAUUCUUUAUAUGAAGUUAAAUCAGACUCUUUCUUUUCUUCAGCACAACCGACUGGAUAAUUUUAUUAAUGACUUCCCAAGAAAAACAUUUUUUUAAUUAUUUGAAUGUGCAAGAAAAUUAAAUGUUAAAGAAAACGGAUUUGUACACCAGCUAUCUGUUUGUUUUUGUUUUAGGUUUUUCUAUAACAGGCCCACUUCAAUGUAUUUACAUGGAUAAGUGCUGCAGUCACAUGAAAUAAUUCUGUGAACCCUUAUGUACUCCUAUCCUUGUAUAUAUUUUCAGGAACUUGUUGUCCUUUUUUAUUUACUACUUUUUUUUUUUUUUUUGCAUUAUUGUGAGUAAUGGUGACUUCCUCCAAACCCCCCUAUAUGUAAUUGUAUUCAAAUACAGUUUUGUAAAUGAUGUGAUAAAUGUGAUCCUGUUUUAAUUUUAAGAAUUACAUUUGUAAAGCCA